GCUCCUAUCAAUAAUCCCAAACUUGUGCUGAUACGCACUAGCCAGUCUUUUUGCCGUAUAAAUGAAACUCAUGGCCGCGCGCGGUACGAACUUAUCAUUAUUGUCAAGAGCUCGCCAACCAACGCUGCACGCCGAACGAUUGCACCUUUAGGUCUCCCACCUGACACUGUCAACCGGUCCAGACUUCUGGACGCCCUCAGUAAUGAGGCGACCCGCUUUGACGAUAUCAUUUUGACCAACUUCACGGACAGCUACUACAAUGUGACCCUGAAGGCACUGCUGAAUCUCCGAUUUGCUCACGUAGCCUGUGGCGCCGCCACUCCGCUGUUCGUCUUCAUGGAUGACGACCAUGGCCUCAAUUUGACCGCUCUCCUCCACUACUUCCACCGCUUUGACGAAGAAAAGGGACAUCGGGAUCAGUUGCAGCGCUCCAUCUUCGGCCACAUACACAAGCGGCCAAAGGUUAUACGGGCAGCAGGAGACAAGUGGGCUGUAACGCGAAGUGAAAUGCCCUUCAACCUGUAUCCAGAUUACGCCGCCGGUCCAUGCUACUUCAUUGGCGCUGAGGCUGUGGCCUCACUGUCCAUUGCGACAGCCCUCACUUAA